CAUCAGAGAGUUUGAAUUUGUCUGCAUCGAGGGACAUGUCCAGACUGCCUAUGUUAACGCCUAAUCUGUCAAAUCUGCCAAAGUUGGGACAGUUGAGUGUUUACCUCUGUGUUUACCUUUACAUCAUCACCAUGUCCUUUAAUAACACUUAUUAAGUGUUUGGGCACUGAAGACACCAGUUGGUUAAGUUCAGCAAGUGGAAUUUCCCCCAUUCAUCUAUUAUACAGUAUGUCCCGCCCUGUGGCAGCACAGCUGGACCCUAGCGGAUCCUCCAGGACCUCCGCAGUGGAAGAAAUGGGCAUAGAGGAACAAGUCAAGAUUGCUGUCAAUGUGUGUUUACAGAGACUGCAGUUGAGUGAGCAGAAAGAAGUGGUAUUCCCCUCAUCCUUGACGAGCACUGAAAGGAUCUUUAUACAUCGCUUGGCCCAGUCCCUGGGAUAUGUUUCCAAAAGUGAAGGUAAAGGAUCAAAUCGAUACCUUAAAAUAAGGAAGAAGGAAGGGCCCGAGACAACGCACUCGAUGAUGAAAAUCAGUUUGUGCCAUAAUUCAAAGAAUGUGAUCUGCAGCUUCCUGCAGAGAUUCCCAGUCACAAAUAAAGAGCACACAGAACUGCUGCUAUGCACAGAGCGUUGUCCAUCUGUGCCCAUGGAAGCUGACAGUGGCCGAGACAGGAAUAGAACCAGCGGGCGUCUGAAUAAUGGAAUUCCUCAGAUCCCCCUACAGAGGGUCCUGACUGAGUUUGACUCGUUCCGUAGCUCCCUUCCAGUGUAUGAACAUCAGGAGGAAAUCGUCAGCACAGUUAAAGAGAGCAGAGUUGUCUUGAUUGUGGGUGAAACUGGGUCUGGAAAGACUACACAGAUACCCCAGUUUCUUCUGGACGACUGCCACAAACGUGGUAUCCCUGUCCGUAUGUUCUGCACGCAGCCUCGACAGCUAGCAGCCAUUGCUGUGGCAGAGCGUGUGGCAGCUGAACGUGGGGAGAGUGUUGGCCAGACUAUUGGCUAUCAAAUUCGCUUGGAGAGCAGAGUAUCCCCCAAAACACUGGUGACGUUCUGUACCUGUGGAGUCUUGCUGCGAACUCUCAUGGCAGGAGAGAUGACCCUGUCGACUGUCACUCAUGUUAUUGUGGAUGAAAUUCAUGAGAGGGAUGCUCUAAGUGAUCUACUCUUGGAAAAAUUGAGGGACACACUACAAAAUGUGCCUACCCUAAAACUUAUCUUGUCCAGUGCUGCCCUUGAUGAUGAUCUUUUUGUCAGAUACUUUGGCUUGUGUCCAGUUAUUCAAAUUAAAGGAAGAUCAUUUGAAGUAAAAGAACUUUUUUUGGAAGAUAUCUUGCGGACAACUGGAUAUAGAAAUAAAGAUAUGAUGAAAUACAAAAAGGAGAUCCAAAAAGUAAUGAAACAACAACUCUCUCUGACGGAGUGGUGUGCGCAUCAAGAGGGCAGCUCCCGGCAAGAGCGCCAGGAGCCAAGUGUUGCGGCUUGUGUCCUCCAGAAGAACAACCUACCUGAUGAUGGCCAGGUAUCUGGCAGUAUUUUCAGCCAGAAUGAAAAAGAUGUAGCUUCACUGGAGCCAUGGCUAGUGGAAGAAAUGGACUCUUGUAUCUCCGAUAUUUUUCUCAAUAAAAAUGUUGAUGCAUUUGCACAACUGUUCAAUCUCAUCACAAGAGAGAACGUCAGCGUUGACUACAAACAUAGCAGGACAAGCGCUACUCCGCUGAUGGUAGCGGCAGGGAGAGGUUUCCUUACUCAGAUUGAGCAGCUCUUGAGCUUGGGAGCCAAUAUCAGUAUGAAGGCUUCCAAUGGCUGGACUGCAUUGCACUGGGCUAAGCACUUCAACCAGUCUGAAGUGGUGGAUCUCCUUGAAUCUUACAUGUCUAUCUUAGAGACAGGCAAGCUGGAUGAAUCACACCUCGUUCAGACUGCAAGCACAGAUUUUUGCAUUGAGGACACGGAGCUUCUUAAGGCUUACCACCACAGUGCUGAUGAUGAGAAGGUGGAUUUGGACCUUAUUAUGCACCUGCUUUACAACAUUUGCCAGACUUCAGAGGAUGGUGCAGUUUUAAUCUUUCUUCCUGGAUAUGAUGAGAUUGUAGUUUUGCGAGACUGCAUUCUUUAUGACGAUAAACGAUUUGACUGCUCUCAAAGGUUCCAGAUUUUCACCCUACAUCCAAAUAUGCAAAGCUCUGAUCAGAAGGAAGUGCUGAAAUGUCCUCUUCCUGGAAUCCGCAAAAUAAUUCUCUCAACCAGUGUUGCUGAAACAAGCAUUACUGUCAGUGACGUUGCUUUUGUCAUUGAUUCUGGCAUGGUCCGAGAGAAAUCUUUUGAUGCUUUGAACAACGUGACAAUGCUGAGGACUGUGUGGAUUUCAAAGACAAGCGCACUACAGAGAAAGGGAAGAGCUGGCCGCUGCAGACCAGGUAUCUGCUUUCACCUCUUCAGCAGACUGAGGUUCCACAACAUGUUAGAGUACCCAGUUCCUCAGCUACUGCGCAUACCCCUUCAGGAGCUGUGUCUCUACACCAAGCUGCUGGCCCCUAUCAACUGCACCAUUCCGGAGUUUCUCUCUAAAGCACCCGAGGCUCCACCAACACUCACUGUGAAACAUGCAGUGCAAAUGCUGAAGGCAAUUGAUGCCAUGGACCAGUGGGAAGACCUGACAGAACUAGGGUAUCAUCUGGCAGACUUGCCCAUUGAGCCACGCCUUGGAAAGAUGGUGCUGUGUGCAGUGGUUCUCAAGUGUCUGGACCCCAUCCUGACAAUUGCCUGCACACUGGCGCACGGAGAGCCCUUCGUUCUGCCUACCCAAGCAUCUCACAGGAGGGCAGCCAUGCUGUGCAGGAAACGGUUCACUGCUGCCUCCUUUAGUGAUCAUAUGGCUCUUCUCAGAGCCUUUCAGGCAUGGCAGAAGGCGUGCAGUGAUGGCUGGGAGAGGGUUUUCUGUGAGAAGAACUUCCUGUCACAAGCGACCUUGGAGACCAUUAUUGGAAUGAGGACUCAGCUGCUGGGACAGCUCCGAGCCAUAGGAUUUGUACGGGCACGAGGUGGGGGGGACAUUCGGGAUGUGAACCUGAACUCGGAGAACUGGUCGGUGGUGAAAGCUGCCCUGGUGGCUGGCAUGUACCCCAAUGUCAUACUUGUGGAUCGGGAGAGUCACUGCCUUCGUGCAUUCAAGGAGAAGAAGGUCCAUUUUCACCCCACUUCUGUGCUCAGCCAGACUCAGUUUAAAAAGAUAUCCCCUGUGAGUGGUCAGGUUGCAGCCAUUCAGUCCUUACCCACAGACUGGCUCAUUUACGAUGAGAUGAGAAGAGCGCAGACAAGUGCCAGUGUUCGCGGCUGCACUGCGGUCACCCCCCUUACCGUGGUUCUCUUUGGAGGCUGUGCCAAGAUGCCCAACGGUGCUUUAGAAGAGCCUGCUGUUCACAAAGACAGUGCCGUCAGUGACAGCAGUGACAGUGACAUGGAGGAGCACUCCACAGCCCAUCUGGCCCAGAUAAAGAUUGAUGAGUGGCUCAGUUUCAAACUGCCGCAACAAACGGCCACUCUGGUAUACCAGCUUAGACAGAAGUGGUACAGCCUGCUCCUCCGUCGGAUCCGUGCACCUUCCAAGCCCUGGACUCCAGUGGAUGAGGCCACCUUGCAGGCUCUGGUUUCUGUGCUGACCACAGAGGAGCGCGCAGCUGGUCUGCAGCAGCCGUCUGGCAUUGGACAAAGACCGCGUCCCGUGUCCUCUGAAGAGGCCAGUCGGCUGUCUCCAUGGAAGACUGCUAGCAGGUUUCCAAGCUCUGUGGAAGCUGCUUUCGCUGAUGAGCCCACUGAGCCUGAGAGAGUCCUGAGGAUGUCGUCGUCUCCAGUGCUGCUACAGGUGAAGGGACACAAGGAUAAGAGUGUGUCCCUGGCCACACACCUGGGAGAUGACCAGUCAGAUCACUGCUCUCUCGUAAGUACAGAGAGAAACGGCAGUGGCAGCUCCUUGUCGCUGCCGCCUGGAGCAAAGUUCUUCAUGUCACGACCCAGUAACACUGGGCGCUAUUUCAUCAUGAAGAGCAGCAACAUGCGCAACAUAGAGAUCUCCCAGCAGAAGGGCAUCUGGUCCACCACUCCAAACAAUGAGCUGAAGCUCAGUUGUGCCUUCCUGGAGAGCAGUGUCGUCGUCUUGAUUUUCUCUGUACAGGGCUCCCGAAACUUCCAGGGCUAUGGGAGGAUGUCCUCCGACAUUGGCCCAGAGCGAUGCCAGGAGUGGGGCUCCACUUUGCUAGGGGGGGUGUUCAAAGUGGAGUGGAUCCGCAAAGAGAACCUUCCCUUCCAUUUUUCACAACACUUGCUCAACCCUUGGAAUGAGAAUAAAAAGGUACAAAUCAGCAGAGAUGGACAGGAACUGGAGCCACAAGUCGGAGUCCAGCUUAUCCAGCUUUGGCAGCACAUCCCAGAGAAAGCACAGCAGCGCAAGUAGCGCUAAAAACCGACAGUCUCCUGAGGACACUGGGUCAAGAGCAGGAAGAAAUGGCUGAUGUGCUCCUCAAAAAGUCAAAGGUCUCUGUUGAUGCUGUUGUUUGUGUUGUUACUUUUCAGAUUCUGUGGAAAAAGUACAUACUGAUGUAGAGUACCAUAUGAAUUUUACCCUGGAGACAUUGCCAGGCUUAAUUUGAACUGUGGUGGUUGUAGAGUUUGGACUGUGAUACUUCAUGCCUGGAAUAAAAGUGUUUCUUGGCCUUGUGUUGAAUUUAAAUUAUAAAAAUGAGUUAAGAUUUGGACUUUUUUUGUAGCAACUGUUACAUGGGGACAUGUUGUUUACCCAGAAAAUAUGGUAGUUUUCUUCAAAUACAAGGUGGUGCAUUGCCACAAGAUGUGGCCCUAGAAGCAUGUAAGACGAAGGGCAGAAAAGUUAUGUUUAGUUUCUGUAGGACAGUUUGACUUCAGCUUUCAGUGGUAGUGGCAAUUUUGUCACGUUACUCUAAAGGUGCAUUUUAACCCUGUUGGGGUAAAUUGACAUGUUUUGGAUGUCUUUGUGAUUUGUCCAAAUAUGAGUUUGUUUCUUGAAUACUUAGAUUAAAAUGUUUUUUUCUCUU